AUGUCGUCGCUAUCUUCACUGAGCUCCUCACCCUUGUUGCUCUUGGCACUGGGAUCAUUGCUUCUGUUCUGGAUUGGAGUUCGUGUUCAGAGAUUAUACCGUCAUGAUCUUCGCAAUAUACCCGGUCCUUUCCUGGCGAAGAUCUCGGGAUUGUAUCGCUUGUCCAUGGUUGGAGGAGGCAAAGGUCCAGCCGAAUAUCGCAAGCUACAUCAACAGUACGGACCCAUUGUCCGUGUAGGUCCCAAUCAUGUCGCGGUCUCAGAUCCUGCAGCUAUUCCUGUCAUCUAUGGACUUGGAAGCAAAUAUAUGAAAACGGAAUUCUACAAGACCAUGGUGCCGUCCUAUGAUGGUGUUGCUAUCGACAGCAUGUUCACUGCGAGAGAUCCAGCAAUCCACAAAGCUCUCAAGACACCGGUAGCCUCGUUGUUUGCCAUGUCCAACAUGCACAACUACGAGCCGUACGUGGACGAGUGUACCCAGCUAUUCGUUGACGCCAUGCGAGAUUUGGAAGGCCAAACGGUCGAUCUGGCAAUCUGGCUGCAAUGGUAUGCAUUCGACGUUAUUGCCGGAUUGACGUUCCAGCGAAGAUUCGGGUUCCUGGAGCAGAGAAAGGAUGUGAACAAUAUGAUCAAGCAGCUUGAUGAAGGGCUCGAUGCCGUCAAGGUUCUGGGUCAGUAUCCUGUGCUAGAUACCCCAAUCAAGGCGGUACUGCGGCAGUUACAGCCUUUGCUCGGGGGUUACGAUCCCUUGAUCAAGUUUGUGGACAUUUGUAAAGAUGAGAUCACCCGCUACGACGACUCUGCCAAGGGUACGAAGCGGACAGAUUUUCUGUCACAGCUUCGCCAAAGGGAGGCCAAGCUAGUAUCAGCCAAUCCAAAAGGUGAUGUCCGUGGUGAGAUUCUCAACCACCUGAGCAACAAUCUGCUUGCUGGUAGCGACACUACCGCAAUAUCACUACGGUCAUGCUUCUAUUAUUUGAUCAAGACCCCACGUGUGCUGGAGAAGCUGAGACAGCUGUUAGACCAGCAAGAGCGCGAUGGAAGAAUCUCUAGUCCAAUCACGCUAGAAGAGUCUCUCCAGAUGCCCUACCUACAGGCUAUCAUGAAAGAGGCAACACGUCUGCACCCUGGCGUUGGUUUCCCCUUGGAACGAUCCGUCCCGUCUGAGGGCGCAACACUAUGCGGUUUCCCAUUAGUCGCAGGUACUAACGUCUCGAUGAUGGCACCUGUGGUACAGGUCGAUCCGGAUGUCUUCGGUGAGGAUUCUCAGGAGUUCCGGCCAGAACGAUGGCUGGAUUCUGAUCCGGAGCAAUUGAAGCUUAUGGAAAGAUCUAUGUUGGUGUUUGGCCAUGGUGCUCGUACAUGCAUUGGGAAGAACAUUUCCAUCAUGGAGAUGGGCAAGUUCAUCCCUCAAAUCCUACAAACCUUCGAUCUGGAAUGGGCAUCGAAGAAUCCAGAGUGGAACACGAAUGCGGCUUGGUUUUGGAAGCAGACUGAUAUGCAGGUGAAGUUCAAGGCUCGUCGCAGGUCGUAA